GUCUUGCACAGGUGUACCGGCUCCUCCCCUCCAGUCUUGCACAGGUGUACAGGCUCCUCCCCUUCAGUCUUGCACAGGUGUACCGGCUCCUCCCCUCCAGUCUUACACAGGUGUACCGGCUCCUCCCCUCCAGUCUUACACAGGUGUACCGGCUCCUCCCCUUCAGUCUUGCACAGGUGUAACAGCUCCUCCCCUUCAGCCUUGCACAGGUGUACCGGCUCCUCCCCUCCAGUCUUGCACAGGUGUACCGGCUCCUCCCCUCCAGUCUUGCACAGGUGUACCGGCUCCUCCCCUCCAGUCUUGCACAGGUGUACCGGCUCCUCCCCUCCAGUCUUGCACAGGUGUACCGGCUCCUCCCCUCCAGUCUUGCACAGGUGUACCGGCUCCUCCCCUCCAGUCUUGCACAGGUGUACCGGCUCCUCCCCUCCAGUCUUGCACAGGUGUACGGCUCCUCCCCUCCAGUCUUGCACAGGUGUACCGGCUCCUCCCCUCCAGUCUUGCACAGGUGUACCGGCUCCUCCCCUCCAGUCUUGCACAGGUGUACCGGCUCCUCCCCUUCAGUCUUGCACAGGUGUAACGGCUCCUCCCCUUCAGCCUUGCACAGGUGUGUAACGGCUCCUCCCCUCCAGUCUUGCACAGGUGUACCAGCUCCUCCCCUUCAGUCUUGCACAGGUGUAACAGCUCCUCCCCUCCAGUCUUGCACAGGUGUACCGGCUCCUCCCCU